CUCCCCAUCCUGGCCCUCCCUGUGUGAGACAGAUGGAGAGCUCACAGACUAGCCUGGGAGGAGGUUUGGGAGACUGUGCUGUGAUCUGUGCUGCCGCGGCGUGCGCUCCUCCUUCCAGGCACUGAGUUGGCCACGCAGUUACUUCUCUCCUCCUUGGAUGCAGUACCGGACAGCAGGUUGGCGAGCACCAAGCCAAUCACUUAGAGCAAGAACCAGGAACCGCCAGGCUUUUGCCACAUCAAACAAAGAGCAUAGCAUUUCUGCCUGUGAUGCCCAGCGUGAACAACAAAUGCCAUCUUUCUGCCAGAGAUACUCACUCCUACCUUCUAUUUCCACUUUACCAGACAUAUAUGACACAAGCCAUCAUAGCCGUCCAGUGGCCAACAGACCAUGCUACACAUUUCUACAUUGUGGCCAGGAAAGGAGACUUGUCCUGUCUCGUACAGAGUCUCCACGUUUUCACUGCCAAACAAAAGGAAAGAAUAUCCGGCUGGACACUCAUGGAAGAAAAGCCGUCCGGCGUAAUAGCUUCUGUAAUGGAAUCACUUUUACAAGUCGACCCAUCCAUCUGUAUGAAAAGGUCCGCCUGAAGCUGAUAUCUGUACACCAUGGAUGGAGUGGUGCGCUGCGUUUUGGAUUCACAAAUCAUGACCCAGCACAGAUGAAGUCAGAAGAUAUACCCAAAUAUGCAUGCCCUGAUCUGGUUACCCGGCCUGGGUAUUGGGCAAAAGCUUUACCGGAGAGAUUUGCACAGCGGGACAAUAUUUUGGCAUUUUGGGUUGACCGCCAUGGAAGAGUGUUCUACAGCGUCAAUGACGAGGAACCCAUACUAUUUCAUUGUGGAGUUAAAGUCUCCAGUCCUCUGUGGGCCUUGAUUGAUGUCUAUGGUAUCACCCAAGAAGUACAAAUUCUAGAUAGCAUGUUUGCAGAGACUAUGCCUCCUGGACGAUUGAGCAAUCCCCGACUGAGCACCUGCUUGCCACAAAGUAGCCAUGAUUCCGCAAACUUCAACAAUAAUGAACUAGAGAACAACCAGGUGGUGGCAAAAAUUGCUAACUUGAACUUGAGCAGAGUGCCACCACCACCAACAGAUAACCAUACCAUACCUUGUUGCUCAAACAGGCGGCAGCGUGCACAAGGCAUGCCAACCUUACUGGACAUGGAGCUUCACUUUCACCCCACUCGUGGUGCUGACAUUACCCUUUCACCUGAUCGAACAGUGGCUUACACUAACUGGCAGGAGAGCAACAGGACGCUAGUGUUCACUGAUCGGCCAGUACACAUUGGUGAGACCCUGUUUAUAGAAACCGGUCAUUUGCCAUUGCCUUACUAUGGCUCGUUGUCAUUUGGCAUCACCUCCUGUGAUCCAAGCACAUUACGAACCUUUGAUCUGCCAUCUAACCCAGACUACCUAUUAGACAGGAAGGAAUACUGGGUUGUACAUCAAGGCUUGUUCACAAUGAGUAAUGGGGAUAUCCACAGCUUUUCAUUUAUGCCCAGCGGGGAGAUUCACCAUGGUAUAAACGGAAACAGUCGUGGGAUGCUGAUAUGUGUGGACUCCUCACAGCCACUCUGGGUGUUCUUUUCCAUCCAUGGGAUUGUCAACCAACUGAGAAUUAUGGGCACAGUACAGUCCAACGUCCUCUCUCCAUCUGGUUCUCCAAGUGGUUCCCAGUAUGACAGUGAUUCGGAUAUGGCCUUUAGUGUGAACCGCUCCUCUUCAGCCUCUGAGUCGUCUCUGGUGACAGCUCCUAGUUCUCCUCUGAGUCCUCCCGUAUCGCCUGUAUUUGUGCCUGAACCCCAAGGGAGCAAAGAUGGGGAGUGUGCGGUUUGCUUUGACAAUGAAGUUGAAACGGUUAUCUAUACCUGUGGCCACAUGUGUCUGUGCAGCAGUUGUGGGCUGAAGCUGAAGAGGCAGGUCAAUGCCUGCUGUCCUAUCUGCCGGAGGGUGAUAAAAGAUGUCAUUAAAACAUACCGUCCUUAAACGUGGAGAGUCUAAAGUUUCACAGUGAUGUUUUGUGUAUUGACUUUUCCGAAGAUAGAGACAAAUCAGGGAUUUUCCCUCAAUGAAAACUGUGCUUUAUAUAUCCGCUCUGGGAUUAAAUUUAAGGCAGUGAUGUGGUGCCACAAGUGUGUGCCGGUGUCCUUAUCCGUGGCCAGUUAAUAAAGAGUUGCCUUCAAUACAGGGUCGUAAAGGAAUUGUUCAGGGUGUACUUACUGCUCACCAACUCAACAAAUACAUGUGGAGGUACCUUUACUCAGGGGUGCAACUGACCAAAAUAUUCUUACCCAAGGCCACUUUAUAGAUAUGAGGGGAGAUAUGUCAAAGCUUGGAGAGAGUGAAACUGGAGAUACCAGACGUACCGGUCAGUCAGCUUCUAACUUGUCAUUUUAGAGGCUAUGGGGUCUAUUUACUAAACCUUAGAGAGAGAGAAAAUUGACUGAGAUAAAGUACCAGCCAAUCCGCUUCAUGUUACAGACAAAGAAGGAGAUGUACUAAGCAGUGAUAAAAUUGGAGAAGUGAGCCAGUGGAGAAGUUGCCCAUGGCAACCAAUCAGCACUGAUGUAACAUUUAUAAUUUACAUACUAUAAAAGUAUACAGAGCAGCUGAUUGGUUGCCAUGGGCAACUUCUCCACUGGCUCACUUCUUUAUUGUUAUCACUGCUUAGUACAUGCCCCCUAUAUUUGAAAAAUGACCGUUAUAAGCUGAUUGACUGGUAAUUUAUCUCUCUCCACUUUACUUAUCCCCAAGGUUUGAUAUAUCUCCCCCAUAAUCACUUUACAAGUGCAUACAGAUAGUAGUAGUGCCUUCCAGUGUCAUUAAUCAGGCACAAAGAAUCCAACAGAGUUCCUCGAAGGCAGAUUCUCACUUUACUGCAAAUUCAGUAUCACAGUACAAAAUAUCUGCCAGUGUUUUAUAUGACAGGGUAGCUCUUCCUGCAUCACUGAGGUUGGUUUUACAUUACAAGUACUCAUUUCAAAGGCAUGUUUAAGUAACAGAGGUAAAUGGUCAUGAAACAGUUUUGCAAAUAGAGAUUCUUAGGUGGCAAAUUCAUUUUCCACAAUGUGUCCAUGGAAGAGUCAGAAAGGCACUCUGUGGCAAUGUAUCUUGGCUCAUUUUCCUGCUCACCUCCCUGGAGUGUGAGGAAAAAAAUGAGCGAAGUUUCCUUACCGCAAUAAGUGGUAAUGUGCGCAGCCGGACAUCGUAGUGGCACAGCGCAGAACAUUUCAUUUUACCCUUACAGCGCACCAGGCAUCUAGGUGACUUGCAUGGACAUAAGGUAAUGUUAUACACUUUCCCGCAACAUUUGGAUAUGGUGUUUGAAAGAUACACUUAUAUAUUUUCUAACCAAGUGUUUUACCAAAAAUAGAAAUUUUUAGGUAGGGAGCAUUUGUUUUUUUUAUUAAAAAGCAGGCCUGUUUUAGGUAUCUCAGAUCUUAUGAGUUGUAUUCCACGAUUAAUAAAAUUAAUUAUUGCAUUUUGUUAUUUGUUUAAUUUGCAGUCUUGUGUUUAAAAGAAAACAAUCCAAUAAAUUUCUCAAGCGCACUAAGGGUUAGGAAUUUUAUAAUAUAUAAUAAUAUAUGUUUUUAGGGUUUUUUUAUACAUCAAAGCUUGCAGAGCUCUGCUGACUGUCCGAAGAACAGUUCUAUAGUAGUGAAUAGGAAAUUAAAGGGCGAUGUGAAUCCCCAGACUAAUUUCCUUUCAAACUCAUUAGAAUAAAAGUUAUCUGUAUUCGCUAGCAGGCAAGUGGAUAUGAUAGAAAAAUACCAUUAAUCAUUGUUUUAUUUCCUCCAGAUGGCAGUAGAAAACUGUAUAGCAAUUUUGUAAGCUACAGUGGUAUUUCAUAAGUGGUUUUUUUGUAAUACAUGGCUUAUUUCUGAUUUAACCAUACGUAAAAAUAAAUUCAUAGUAAGAGGUCAAAUAUUUUUUAUGUCCAAGUUUUCACGGCGCUAUAUGAGGCUUACUACAUUGCACAGUCUUGAUGCCUUAUUGUUAAGUCAGCUGAAUGCAAGUAUACAAGUUUGAGAAUGUGAGCGGGUUUUCCACUAGCUGAUCCGUGUACGGAUCCUUGCACUGUGUAUAAGAGGGGCAGCCUGCGGGACAGCUGGUGGCCAUAGCGCUCAAUUCUUUGUAGACCCUAGUGGGAGACUUUGUCUGAUAUUAUUAUCCCCUUGGAUCAUUUUAUUGCUGCUUUACACUAUUUCAUUCAAGUAGCUGGUCAUAGUUACACACAUAGAUUUUUUUAGUAUUUACCAGAAUCUAUCCCCGGCAGGGAUCUACUGUAUAUGGUGUAUUGUAUGGUUUAGAAAUGAAUGGCCAGGUGCUGUCUUUGGCCAAGAAUCUUGAGCCCCAGUGUACAUUCUAAAUGUUCUCACAAAAUAAAGAAAGUCCUAGAGCUUUACAGUACAGCUAUAAGGUAGCAUUUGGUAUGGGAUGCCAGCGCUCAGCAUACCGACAUCGGGAUUCCGGCCGCAAGAAUGCCGGCAAGGGGGCGAGCGCAACCAAGCCCCUUGCAGGGCUCGGUGGCUUGCUGCGCUCACCACAGAUUCUAUUCCCACUCUAUGGGUGGCGUGGACACCCACGAGUCGGAAUAGCCCCUGUUAGCUGGGAUUCCGGCUGGCGGCAUUGUCAGUGGUCGGGAUUCCGGCAUCUGUAUCCUGACCGCCGGGAUCCCAACUGCCGGCAAUGUAACUACAUCCCAUAGGGUACACUUGGCAGCUGUUUUGUGGGUCAAAACUCCUAUGUGACUACAGAUCAGAAGUUCACUAGGAAUCACAGGCGCCAACUCUGUUGUUAUUUCAGCACCCACAUCACCUGUGCUGCUAUCAUCCAUGGUAUUUGUCCAUAAUCUAGGGUUAGGGUACUUGAGAGCUACCAAUCAUUAAUAAAAAGUUGGCUGCCAUACUAGGAAUAAGUGACAUCAAUUUAUAUUGUGCCUAUCUAAAGUCACAGGCUGCCAUUUGUGCGAUGUAAAGUAAUGUGUGCAGUGUGACUGACAAGCAAGUAUCUUUGGCCAGCAUUAAAUGUUGUUGGGUGUUGUAAUAGCUGUUAGUGACGUUUUCACAUGUGCCUAGUUAUGUGCAAAUGGUGGUGUUAUAUCUAUUUUGAAAAUUGGGUAAACAAACACUGCGCGGAAGGCAGAACCCCUAAACGAGAAGCUGAGGAGGCUUGUGUGCCUGAGGACGAAACGUGUCCCUACUUGCAAAAUCCAUAGCAGCAGUAUACAUUAUACAGAUACGGUGAGCUUUACAGCCUGUAUUACUAGUUUAAUAGGAUAAUAUUGAUAUUUAAUUUGAAUAAUCAGAAACAACCCUUGAGGCUGAAAAUGGUAAAUAUAUAUCUAUUAUAUAGUGUGCUGUAGGUUGCCUUACAGAGGUAGCAUAGCGUGCAGUGUAUUAGACAGCUUGGUGUUAUGUUUCUUGUGUGUUGCAGUAGCUAAUGUUUGUAUCAAGGUGGUCUUCAGAUUUGUUUGGAGCUGAUACUAAACACUGACAUAGACGCAAUGAAGUUUUUAGAAGGCCGAUGAUUGUUUUACUUGAUGGUGCGGCAAGUGUACGGUGAGAGAUUAGGAUUUUAGGCAUGUUAGUGGAAGAGAGGUUACAUAACUUUGCACUGAUGUUGGACUUAUGCUUAGUUUAGUAUAAGAAUACUUCUACUCUGUUUAACAGUAACUAAUAGAUUUACAAACUGUUGUAUUAUCCAUAUAUU